AUGGUGCAGCGGUUAAUAUUCCUGGUUUUCACACAGGCGGCCCGAGUUCAACUCUUUGUCAGGGAGCGGCGGCUGGACACCGAAUCAGGUGGGUCUUUUCCAUUUCCCCCUGUAUUGAACACCGAAUCAGGGCUGGACAUCGAAUCAGGUGGGUCUUCUCCAUUUCCUCCUCUGGUGAACACCGAAUCAGGUGGGUCUUCUCCAUUUUCUCCUGUAGAGAAUCAGCUGUUUUGGGUGGCUCUCUGCUUCCAAUUGAGUUUAUUCGCUGUUUUGGGUGGCUCUCUGCUUCCAAUUGAGUUUAUUGGUGACUGUGAGUUCGAAGGUAUUACCGCUUUGGUGAAUUGCGUAUCUAGGCAAAACAGUUGGCAUAGCGCUAUCCUAAUGGCAUAUAUUUCUCCUUCAAAAGCAGAUCUUUUGUGUCCCGCUGCUGCGUAG